CCGGAGGCCAUGAGCAGAUACACCAGUCCGGUGAACCCGGCGGUCUUCCCCUAUCUCACGGUGGUGCUGCUGGCCAUCGGCAUGUUCUUCACCGCCUGGUUCUUCGUCUAUGAGGUCGCCUCCACCAAGUACCCGCAGGACAUCUACAAGGAGCUGCUCAUCUCCCUGAUGGCCUCGCUCUUCACGGGCUUCGGGGUCCUUCUCCUGCUGCCCUGGGUCGGCAUCUAUGUGUGUGUGAAUGACUCAAGGUUCUGUCUACGUGAGGUCACCGACAUCCUGCCUUUUGUUUCCCUCAGUUUUUGUACCAUUGCUAAACACACUGCCUUCUAA